AUGCGACGAGCGACGUCCCAGAUGUGGCCAGUGCACUUCCGCUGGACGAAGCUGCCCCGGAUAUCCCCAAGCUCCCACCCCCAACCCGAAAUCAAGAUGUACAAUAUUCCAUUCAAAGUACCCGGCGGUCGCGCCGACCGUGAACUACUUCAUUACUACUGUUGCGAAGCAGCUAGCUCCUUAUCUAGACUCUCAGAUACUACGCUAUGGACGCACCUCAUCCUGCAGAGAUGUGAAGACCAAUCCGUUAUCCGCAAUUCUAUUGUUGCGCUCACCUCCCUGUAUCGCGACUAUAUGCUUCUUAGGUCACCGCGGUUCGAAGUCUCAGUCAAACAUAUCCAGCGUAUUACCAGAUCGCACUCUCAACUUCGUGUACAUCUUACCCGGGACCCUUCAGCUGAGGUUGCGCUCAUUUGCAGCCUCAUAUUCUAUACCUUUGAGUGUUUGAUCGGCAAUAUCCAACAAGCAUUGUGGCAUCUAGACCAGGGUCUGACUCUCCUGCGAAGGUUGCAAACAGAUUAUCCGUAUCUUGUGUAUGGCCAGGAGACAUAUGCGCAAUUGGUGGCGAUCUUCUCUCAGCUUGAUAUUCAUGCAAGUAUUUUUUCAGUUGAGAGAAUACCUAUUCUCAGGCUUGUGUCGCCGGAACAAGUCUCGGGAGAGGUGCAUACGGUUCCAGAGCGGAUUUCUGGCCUAUCCGAUCUCGAGACCUCGCUUACCGUGCUCCAGAAUUGGACUCUAUGGCACCUAAUGGAAUUUGUGGAAUAUAAGUACCUACCUCAAUCUCAAGUACCAUCUAUUGUUCUUCGGGAAAGGUUGCAGCUGGAAGCUCAACUUCAGAAAUUGGAAGAGAUUUCGGAGAACAUGAGCACAAGUGAAGAUUUCCAGUCUUUUACUUCCGCUCAACGCCAACGACUCAUUCUUCUACGAAGUCAGGCACUCAUCUUUCACGCAGUCCUCUUGGAAAAUACUAUCUGCACUCUGAAUGGCUCUCAGAACCUCCUAGAAGUGACUUGCAGAUUUGAUAUCGCUCUUACCCAAAUAUCAACACUAUUAUCUUUAUCUUCUGAAUCGAAAUCUGGAUCCAACUUUGAAAAUAACACUCCUUCCAAUCGAGCCUUCACCCUUUCGACAAAUAUCAUUGCGAUGCUAUACUUCAUCUGCCUAAAAACAAGCGAUCGCCGCAUCUUACGCACUGCACUCUCUUUAAUGCAGGAGUCUCUAUUUACAUCUCGCGAUGGACUUUGGGAUGCGCGUACUGCUGUGACUAUUGUUCGAGCAAUGCUUUCUGAAGAUGAUAUACAAAGCGAAGAGCCUCAAAUGGAUUUCAAACUAGAAGAUGUGGGUUCUGGAAUUGUUGAUACAGAUGGUGGAUUGGAGGAAGCAUUCAAACUGUUAAAACUUGAACAAAGCCAGAUCGAAUAA